GUUCCGAAUCCUUUUCCAAUUCGUGAGAAAAAAAUUGUUUCACUUGCAUUCGUGAAAAGCGGUCUAGUGAGAAAUUAAGCACAAUGGCAUCCUUAUGCAGGCAAAUUGUUAGAGGAAAUGCAUUUAAAAGUGUUCUGUUAUCCACUGCCCGACGGGGAUAUGCUGACAAAAUGAUGCCCGACCCUCUGGAACAUGCCACUGGUAUGGAGAGGAAGGAGCUGAUGGCCAUGCAGGCCGGUAACGACGACCCCUUCAACAUGAAGGUACUGAAGAAGUCCGCAGGCACCCGUGACAACCCCACCCUAGUGCCCUCCUGCUUCGAUGCCCGCAUUGUCGGAUGCAUAUGCGAAGAGCACGCCACAGCCGUUACCUGGCUCUGGUUACACAAGGACCACCCCCGCCGCUGCGAGUGCGGACACUGGUACAAACUGAUCGAGAAGCAGCCGUCUAAACGCAAUAAUUUAGUUUCUACAGUAGUGUGUAACACGCAAUAAUACGCAUCAAACGUCUAUGGUUCCUCGUGCCGCCAUGUAAAAUACUUAAAGAUGCGAUAGUUUGAACAUAAUUACCAAUCGACAAAUCAUUAAAUAAUUGUAAGCAUAAAAUCAAGGUGUUUUAUUGUGUUGCGUUAGCUGUGUAUUUGUUGGGUUCACUUGAGUCAGUGUAGUUCAAUAAACUAUUUAAAUAACGA